CAAACGCAUGUUGUGGCAUUGUGUAAUUCGCUACGCAACAGUAUUCAACUUCAACACCAGCUACAGCAAGAACAAUGAUUCGAUGUGUAGCACGACGAUGUACCUGGAAAUCGCAAUCGAUCCAUCGCUUACACGACCACCUCAACAAAUUUCAUGGAAAUCUGGACGAAUAUGAUUGCAACAUCGGCGAUUGCACUAGAAAAUAUAGCGUCAAAGCAUCAUUCUUUCGGCACUUGAACAAACAUUUUGAGAAAACCGACAAAGCGAUACAUGAAAGUGCAUCACAACAGUAUAACGACGACAUUUCUUUUGCACAUACCGAAUCAACCACGACAAAGCACAUCACAAUUGAGGAAAUCGAUAGCGACCCAGGGAAUGCGCAUCCACCCGAUAGAACAACGCACGCAUCAAGUACUAUUAAUCUAAAUCUGAUGAUCAAACAAAUGGAAAACGCUUCAAUAAAUUUUAAUCUAAAAUAUUUAAGCGCAAACACUCUUCCAAGAAAAGUUGUUUUUGAUGUACGACAAGAUAUUCAAAACAUGUUUUUAAAUCCACUUUGUAACAUAGUAAAGUCGAUGGAGUGUUCAGGAUGUAUUACAACAGAAGGGAAAAUGAUGCUUGAUAGAAUGUUAAGUAAUAUGCAUAACAGUGAAACAGAGCACAGAUUUGUAGAACAAUUAAAAGCUAAUGAUUUGUAUGCAGAACCGAGAGAAUUCGUGCUUAGUAACGAAUUGCGUCCGGGUAUCGUACGGAAUGAACAGGAAUUGAGUAAUGAUCCCAUAACAGCCGUCCUAAUGCCUCUAACAUUUCAACUACGGAAGUACAUGGAAUCAGAUGGUGUCAUGGACGCUAUACUGCAGAGCUUAACGCCUUCAAAUGACGGAUACAUCAGAACGAUGAUUGAUGGUAGUGUCUGGAAACAGCGCACAAUGCAGUCUGGCAAUAAGUGGAUAGUACCCUUGAAUUUGUUCUUUGACGAUUUUACAACUGUAGAUACUGUUUCAUCACAUGCGGCUAAGACCUCCAUUUGCGGGAUGUACUAUUAUGUCCCUUGUUUGCCUGCGCACAUGUUAACAAAACUGUCAAACAUUCAUGUUGCUGGGUUUAUAUUAUCAGAGGAUAGAAAAGAAUUUGACAACAAUUAUCUUUUUCGUAAUCUAGUGGAUAUACUAAUUGAAUUAGAGAUAAAAGGAUUACAGAUAACCUUUAAAGGAGAAAAAACAAUAAUUCAUUUCAUGUUAGCGUUUAUUACUGGUGAUAACUUAGGACUUUCCGGUAUUUUGGAUCUAGUUGAAUCCGUUCGAGCCAAUUAUUAUUGUCGUCUAUGCAAAAGAAACCGAACUCAAAGGGAAAAUGAUACUGUAGAACAUGCUGAAACGUUCAGAACAGUAAAAAGUUACGAUGAAGAUUUGAGUUUAGAUGACGUAUCACUCACUGGUGUGAAAAAAGAUAGUAUUUUUAAUGAGAUUCCUUCCUUCCAUAUUACCUGCAACGUAUACUUUGAUUUGAUGCACGAUCUUUGUGAAGGCGUGUGCGUUUACGGAUUAGGGCAUUAUUUGAACUACUUCAUUAACGUUAAAAAACAUUUUUCCCUCGAUGAAUUGAAUUUUAGAAAAAACAUAUUUGUAUUUGGAAACCUUAAUUCGUCCAAUAUUCCAAGUGAUAUUAAAGAAAUUAAUAUUUCCAAAAGUAAAAUCAAAAUGACUGCCAGUGAAAUUAAAACGUUUGUACAUUUCCUCCCACUCAUCACAGGAAUGUUAGUGCCGGAAGAAGAUGAGGUUUGGAAACAUUUCUGCCUGUUGCUUCAAAUCUGCCAUAUUCUCAUGCUGCGUGAAAUCCCAAUUGAAUACCUUGAUGUAUUGAAAAAGCUAGUAGAUAAUCAUCAUUCACAGUAUUUAACAUUAUUUAAUGACACACUAAAGCCCAAACACCACAAUUUAUUGCAUUAUGCUACAUUUAUUAUGCAAUCGGGUGCUCCUCGGCAUCAAUGGGCUAUGCGAGGAGAAGCGAAGCAUCGCGAUUCAAAACAGUAUAGUAGAGCUACCAACAACAAGAUAAAUUUGUUCAUUUGA